GCAGAUCCAUCAGCUGUUGUGCGGUUGCUGAAAGAAGGCAUUCCUUUUUCCCUCCCAGUGACUGGUUAUUUCCCAGACAAAGUUUUGUUGGACUUUGGAUUAUUUUUUGCAAAGGGGAACAACAUAUUUCAUUAUAUGAACGAAGCCUAUUCCUAUUAAAUAGUAUAUUGAAAUUGUUUGAAUUUUCAAAGAGUCGCUAGUAUUUGGAAGCGCACUGCCCGCUUGCUAUUAUUACAGGAAAUCACUGAAUUGUACCUCAGAUCUGAAUGAAAGAGCGUUUGGGGGACUCGAGGGAGGAAUGAAAUUGCAUCUGAUCGAUAGGGAAGCGCGCGACUGACUGAAUCAUGGAUAGCAAGGAUGGAGAAGAGCAAUCUCCGCCGGCCGGCUCCGUUCCUGCCGAGAAUCCCAAAGAGGAUGAAAGUAGCCCCGUGAAGACAGAACAGUCUCCUUCCACGCCUGGUGUGAGCAUCACUACCCGCCCCAAACAUGAUGGGCCAAAGGCAGAAGAGAGACAAAAGCUGGCAAAGGAGCGUCGAGAGGAACGGGCCCGCUAUCUGGAAAACCGUAACUUGAUGAAAGCUGCCAAAAAAACACAGUGGCUUCAAAAGGAGGAGAAGGCCAAGCAGUUGCGUGAGAAACAACUGGAAGACCGGCGGAAAAAGCUGGAAGAGCAGCGACUGAAAGCCGAGCGCCGGCGUAUUGCUCUGGAGGAGAGGCAGCGUCAGAAACUCGAGAAAAAUAAGGAGAAAUAUGAAGCUGCAAUCCAAAGGUCUGCAAAGAAAACCUGGGCAGAAAUCCGCCAGCAGAGAUGGUCGUGGGCAGGAGGUCUCAAUCAGAAUGUACACAAAGAAGGUGCAGGCAGAUGUUCCAUGUCGGCAGUCAACCUUCCUAAACAUGUGGAUUCCAUAAUAAACAAGAGACUGUCCAAGUCCUCUGCCACCCUGUGGAAUUCUCCAAACAGAACUCGAAGCUUACAGCUUAGUCCCUGGGAAAGCAGUAUUGUUGAUCGGCUGAUGACACCGACCUUGUCCUUCCUAGCACGGAGCAGAAGUGUAGCCACUCUGGUUGGAAAUGGCAAGGAUGCCUUUUCUGCAGUGUGCCCACGAUCUGCCUCUGCCAGUCCACUCACUGCCUGUAAUAACCACCGAGCACACCACCGGUGCUCAGAACGAUGGAGAGUGUCUGCCAGCAGCCCCGAUAUAACUCCACGCAAAUUCAGGGAGUCCACAACGGUGGAUAAGAAGAAAAAAGACAAGAAAGAUAAAGAAAGGCAAAACGAGAAAGAGAAAAAUGCUCUGGCAAAGGAGGUGUUAAAGAAGAGGCAGUCUUUACCGAGUAUCAGAAGUCGAACAGAACCCAGCAGCCCUGUGUCUAAAACCCACACCUCAUCACCAUCCACCCCGAAACAGAGGCCUGCAUCUCCCGCUACAUCUCCUAAGCCACUGUCUCCUCGGCCCUCGCAGUCUGCCCCCAAAACCCGAAUCAAAAAGCAGAAGAAGACGGAGGACAAGUCCGCCACAAAGGAGGAUGAGAGAAGCAGUUCACCUGCCACAGAAGAGAAACCGAAAGAGAAGCGAAAGCCAGCUGCUCAGGACGAAGCUAAAGCAACCGCCACUGUCCCUGCUAUUGUUGUAUCCUCUGCACCAAGUACACCCCCUACCCUGGCAGCUCCAACUGCAAGCACAGUCUCUACCGUGGAGGUCACUCCAGCCCCAGCUUCAGCUCCAGCCCCAUCCUCUGCCCCAGUCAGCAAACCCACAGCUGGAACCAACGACCCAGAAGAAGCCGCUCGGAUCCUGGCUGAGAAGAGGAAGCUGGCCAGGGAGCAGAGAGAGAGAGAAGAACAGGAGAGGAGAGAACAGCAAGAGAGAGACAGGCGUCUCCGAGAAGAGCAGGCCUUACUUGAAGCAGAGAAGAAAGCAAGGCUUGAGGCUGAAGCUCAGAAAGCUGCCGAGGAGAGGAGGCAGCGAGAAGAGCAGGAAAGGCUGGAAAAUGAAGAGCGUCAGCAGAAAGAGGCAGAAGAGCGUGCCCGAGCUGAGCAAGAGGAGAUGGAGCGGCUGCAAAAACAGAGAGAAGAGGCUGAGGCCAAAGCUCGAGAGGAUGCAGAAAAACAACGGCAGGAGAGGGAGAUGCACUUCCUUAAAGAGGAGCAAGAGCGACAGGAGAGGAAGAAGCGCCUUGAAGAGAUCAUGAAGAGAACAAGAAAGACAGACACCCCUGAAAAGAAAGAAUGCAAAUCUUCUUCUGCCACACAACUAAAUGGAAAAGAGAGCAAACCUAGCCCUGAAAGCAGCAAAGUGACCUCUGAGGAGACAGAACCAUCAAAGAAGGCUGUGCCAGCACAGAGUGGUCUGAAAGGACGACCAGCCGAGCAGACGUCACAGAGCUUAUCAUCAGCUGAUCCCACCCAGACUACACCUCUUCUGAAUGGCCUGCAGCAGACCAAGCAUGAGAAUGGCCUGUCAAUUAAAGGCGAAGACAUGGAGUUUGAGGAAAUUAUUGAGCUGUCCAAUCACAGUGGCGGCAAUCAUAGUGAGCGGGAAGGACCAGAACGGGAGAUUCCUAGUGAUUCCAUCAUCGCCUUUGAGGAUCGGGAGAGUUUCCUUAAAAAAACAGGCUCCCUUAAACCCCAGCAUGUAGCUGAGGUUCUCUGAAAAGCUCUAAUUCUUCGCAUCCUCACAUUGUGUCUUGCUCACUCUCGCCCCUCACUGGAUGGACACUGUGAACAAAAUGGAAGGUGAAAUUUAAAAAACUGUGCCAAUAAUGGACUGCUUAUGAAAGCAAAAAAAAUAGUUUACAUUUCAGGUGUUGAUGACAAAAAGACACGUAUAUUCUAGAAAGUACACUGACUUUGGAUUACAGAGGGAAACGAAGAAACGACACACACAUCAAUUUCACUUGCAAAAUGGUGCAACAGUGUUAUCUUUUUAUUUAAAAAUCACCUUGAGUUUUUUUUUUUGUUUUUUUUUUUAACAGGCACCUUAAAUUACUGACUGCUUAAUUAUGUAGGGAAUUACAAACAAGACACAUUAUUAUUAUAAGUGCAAGAAAAGAGCGUGUUGAUUAUUUUUGUCUUUAAUAAUUUAGUUAUUUAACUUGAAAAAUGUAAGCAACUACUGGAUUCAGUAUGUGAAUAUUGUAAAUACAGUAAACCUCAGUGUUACAUCAGAAAACUUUGGUGUGCUCUGUGUAAUAAAACUUUAAUAAACAGAGGCUGCUGGUGCA